AUGGACCGGCGCGACGCACCGGCCUCGAUGUCGUCUUCCUCCUCGGCGCCAGCUGCCCCACUGGACGGCGACAAAAAAAGGGGGCCACAAUGGAACGCUGGGCAUCCGGACCAGCUCUCUGCAGACGACGGCCAGAUGAUGCCCGUCAGCUACGCGCUUCGGCCCCCACCAUGGCGCCCGCGACUACAUCCGGGGUCGACGGCAAUUGGCGUGCCCGACCUGUUCAGACCAGGCGAGGGUCGGCCGGAGGACGACAUGUCCGAGACAACGGUCCGGAACGGCCUCAGCCUCAAGCCCGUGGUGGCCAACGAGACAUUCUCGGCACACGACAUGAUCUACGACCGGCUCAAAGCCACGGGCCUCGUCACAAAUCUGGCCACCCUCUUCGACGAGGUUGUCACCAGGAGAUUCGAGCUCAACAUGGCCAGAAAGGGUCUCGUCAGCGACCACCAGUUCAAGCAGCCGCCCCGAGUAACGCUCAACGACGUCAAACUCAACGCCUACAUCAAGGAGCUUGCCGAUCCAGACGUGCCGCUCAAGAAGCUGGCACGGAGCGUGCCACAUGGCUACCGGGGUGAGAGGAUGCUCGAGAUGCUGUGGACCGGGGCGGCCACGGGGGCAGCUCUCAAGGGGACGUCGGCGGUGGCAGCGGCCGCAGCGGCAGCCGCAGCAGCAGCAGCAGCAGCAGCGUCUUCCUCGUCUUCCUCGUCCGCAGAGGCAUCAGAUGCAGGACGAAAGUGUGUCGACAUAGACAGGGCUGUUUGGUUUAUCCGAGUGGUGGGCGCAAGUGAGAUUGCCUCGUCCAAGGCCAGGCAGACAAACGUGGCCAACUACACGGCAGAGUGGACAAGCGUCGUGACGGGCUGGCUGAAGAGACAGAUCAGCGAGCUGACUGCUGCUGUCACGACCUCGAGUCCCUCGUCUUCUCCUGCUACGGCUGGCAGACUGGCUGCUGCUAUGACGCCCACUGGAUUACGGGGCAGCGGCCCAAAGGAGCCGACUGGAUCUCUCCUCCUCGACACCGAGACCAGCAAGCGAUGGGUGUCCAAAUGGACAUACAGUCUAAAUCUCGUUCGCGCGCUCGCCAUGCAGAGGAUCCUCGACCGUCGGGCUCUGAUCCGUUGGGCAAUCGAUCAGCUCAGGGCAGCUCAUCCAUGGCAGGCUCCCUUUGUGCUCGUCCUCGUCCAGGAGAACUUCGAAUAUGCCAGCAGCGACGUCCAGCUGCUUCAUCUUCUCAUCGACACAGUGUGCCACAAGCUGGCCGAGUACAGCAAAAGCCAAGUCAUGCCGAGCCCGACGAUGGUCAUUUUGGAGCUGAAAAGGCUCCUGGUUGUUGCGUUUGAUGCAAAUCCGGAAGCAUUCAUCAACCCUGCGAGAUGGGUACGGCAUGCUUCGACCAUACUCGCUACCAUUCGCGAGGCCAAAGUGUCAGAGGAGCAGCGUCUGCCACUGGUCGAGGAACGCAACAUGAAGCUCGUUGCACCAAAAGCAGCAGGCAUGAAGACUAGGAGCAAAGAGCUGGAGGAAUACGAAGAUAUCCAUCUCCUCGACUCGUUUCAGGCCGACGACGAUGCAAUUCAGCUCUUCACUGACUUGUCACUGCUGCAAAGCGGUACCAUUCGUACGCUUCGGGACAAAGUCGCGACUCUCCUGACAUGGGCCACAACGACAAGACGGUGCGGAGUACACCGCCCUAUCUUGGCGGCAAGACUGCUGCAGCUGCUGGAAGAGCGCUGGUCAAAGGGAAAGAGCCGUGGGCGCCGAUCGACAAACGACAAGCUCGACUUGGACACCAUGUUGAUCGACUGGGUUUCGAGCGUUGACGCCGCCAUGGAGGGACCGACUUCGAUCCUCACAUCCAUCGAUCUUGCCUCACUCGUCACACUCGUCGGCGAGCUGAUUCGGAGGAGGUGCUUCUCGUUCCCUCGCUACAUUCAACGACUCACUGCGAGGGGGCUGACGGCCUCGACAUCAUCGUCCAAGGCCGUGAAGAACAACGCCCGCGAGUCGCUUCUCGUCAAGCUGCUGCGAUCCGUCGCCGUGGAAGACUGUCCCGCCUCGCUCCAGCACCAACGGAGAACGGCCAUCUACGGCAACCGUACGAAAGAGUCAUACGAGGAAGCCAUGGAGCGCCGCGCGACGCGGGAGCUGCUCGCAGAGCUGUCCUGGCUGCAGCAGCCCCGAUCUAAUGGGGUCAUCGGUGAACACCAAGCUGAGGGCGAUGGUGAUCUGAAUGCACCCUCUGGGGUGCCGCAUUUCUGGGCCAGUUCUCGCUACGUCAAGAAUCGCCUCGUCGCACGGCUCGUCAUGGGCCCGAUUCGUGCUCACGGCCCAGAGGCACUAUUCACGACUCCUCGACGGCUCGAGCAGCUGGCACAGCUACUGGGCGAUGCAGAGGAGUUUGCAGACCUCUAUGAGAUCCUUGAUCGGUGCUUGCAAUCGGACGACAAGUCACUGAUUGCGCCUGUAUGCGCUGUCAUGCUGCGCCAUUCCUUGAUCUGGGCUUCACUGGGCGAUCCAUCCCCUCUGCUUCGAAGGAUCGCUGCGCUGGUCACAGAGGGGGCGAUGUCCGGCUUACAGAUGAUCGUGGCUGUGAGAACACUCUCCGUCUUCGGCCUCUUGCAGCCAAUGGGCACUCAGCGAGCCAACGAUCCAACGAAACCGGAUGCAGCAGCGCUCGAACGACUUCGCACCGCCAUCCGAUCGAUUCAAGCCAGCCAGGAUACAGUUGCGCCAGACGUUGUGGCUGCUGAGAUAUCUUCGGGCGCACUCAAUGCCGAGCUGGUCUUGCGAGAGCUCUGCGUGCGCCGCGACGUCUCUGACGAGGGGUCAUUCACAACGGCUCAAGGCGAUGCAUCCCUUAUAGCUUGGCUCGUCGAAGUCGUCGCCUCGUCAUUGCAAUCGGCCACGCUCGAGGAAUGGGAUGACGCAGCCAAAAGAGUAUUCCAGGACGAGCGAGAAUCACCCUCUCGCUUUGUUAAAUUCGCCGUCGAGCUCGUUGGGAGAGGCAUCCUCUCACCUCGAAUAUUCCUCCUCGAUGUCCUGGCUCCGGUCGCUUCGGACUGUGCGCAAGGCAAGCUCGACGACGGUGCUAAAGAAGCUCUCUUGAAGUCAACGACGCUCUUGAUAGAUGCGCAGUCAUCUACUCUCUCCCCGCUGCAAGGUGCCAGCCUACCUGUGCUCUUACGGCGAGACUGCAGAGCAGCCUUUUGCACUCUUCUGAUCAAUCUUUGCAUCGUCGGGUCUGGCAGCGGCUCUCCCGGUGAAACGGCCCUCUGCGACGUCAUUUGCCGUAAGCCAGAAGUGCGCGCGGCGCUGUAUCCGCACCUUUUGGACAUCGUCGGCACCAUCAAGUCGAUUUGUGUCGCAACUUGGCGCGCAGGCGUCAAUGUUGACACUGAGGCAACUCUCUCACACAUUCUCUCUCUCCUCGUCGACGACGAAUGGAAUGCAGGCCUGGCGGCACCGCAAAUCUCACACCCCGUCGAACUCGAUCCUGCUUACAUCCUCGAUCGUCUGCAACCCUUUUCCUUCUCUCAGACCCUAGCGGAAUUAGCUGGCGUUGUCCUUGAGCGGCUCGAACGGGCGGAAGGUGGUCUACAGGCAAGGGCGCAGAGCAAGCUCCAGGCGCUGGCCAAGUGCACUUUCGAUCGUCUCUUUUCGGGCAGGGCGGGACUCGAGCUCGGGAUUCAUCUAUUGCGAGAAUCCUCGGCCAGGUCGUUUGCCGGUAUGGUCCUCGAGGAAGCUCUUUCGCGACUCCUUGCUCGAACCUCUGAUGCAGAAUCGACGUUGGGGGACAAGAAUGCCGAUGCAGACUCUCUGUAUGCGUUGCUUACCUUGUCGCACGAGCAACACACGGUGACUACUGCUUCAGGCACUGCGAAUUCAGCUGCGCUGCUCCGCAUCCUCAUCGAGCAGCUUGAGUCUGCAGCCACUGACGCCGAAGCGAACGCCAUUCCUACCGCGUCCACGCACUUGCUUGUUCGUCUCGUCAACCUUCUCCUCCUCGUCGAUAAUCUUUGGAGCGCGGCAAGUCGACCCCAGGCUCCUCGAUUAUUUGCCUCGCUCGUCAAGCUCUGCGUCUCUGUGGAUCUGCACAGCUUCGAUGUGAAUCUGUCUCAAGACGUGGACGGCGAGGACGCCGAUGAAGACAUCAUCGCUCCGCUCUUGGACACUGCCACAAAUCUGCUUGUCCAGGUGCCGACUGAUGUCGCCGCAUCUUGCCUCCAUCUGGCAAAGGCAAGCCUGCCGCGCCAGGAGGGAGACGAUGACGAGACCUUGCUGUCGUUUGUCGAUCCUCCGCUUUCGAACGAGGUUCUGCGCCGGCUGACGUGGCUCUUUGGCUCUUUUUCUAUCGCGUCGACGUUGUCUGCUCCCCUUUCGAACGCGACAGCGUCCGGACAGAGCGCUGGCGGGACUCGAGCAUCGUCCAACAGUGUAUCUGGCGGCUCUUUGCAGACUUCGACGGCGGGAAACGCAACAAUGAUAGACGUGCAAGCGAGCAGCGCGUCUGCAGCCUUUGUCAACGGCCACUUUCUCACCGUCGAAGAACGGCCAUGGGACUGGCAUGACAAUGUCGAAUUUGCACAAGCUAUCUCUGGGACGACUCACGUUACAGCUGCUGCCACGUCGAAGCAGGGCAGCGCAGAAGGUGACGAGGGCUAUGGAGGCGAGGCUGGGAUGGAGUCUGUCCCUCUUUUGAAUUCAGCCUCGAUCUCGCUCGCCCGAUUUGGUGCAGUCAAGACGAGGGACCGCGUGCCGACGCUUUGCGUCGAAGAGGGCGGCAGGGGCAGCAACGGUCUGGCGCCGCCGCCACAGCUUGACUCGGAGCUCGACUACGGAGAGAGAUUUGGAGGAGAGCCUUUGUAUGCACGAGAUGCACGGAGGGGCAUCGUCGAGCAGGGAGUUGUGGGCCUCGCAUUUGGGGGCGGUGUUGAUCCGACUGUCUUUGAGGACCAGGACGAGGAGCUGGACGUUGUCAAGGACGAGGAUGCGAGCAAAGCUGGUCCAAAGCGGAAGCGGUCCUCGACUGGGAUACACCCACACUCAUUCAUGUACUUCUAG